AUGCAAACGGCGGCCAGGAUGCGCAUGAAGUACGGGAAGCUGUUCAUCUUCUUCAUGAUCUGCUUCAACCUGAUCGUGUUUUACUACUCGUGGAAGUAUUUUCUCACCAGCGGGCACUACCUGGCGGAAACGCUGACUGGCGGUGGUGCUGCUCGGGGACAUCCCGCACUCCCACGCCGCCCCGGAGCAGCACCCGAAUCGAUCCCGCUCGUCAGCUACGAGAGUUCGUACCGUGCCGGUGACCCUGGAGGGGCAACUUUCAACCGGAUGCGUCUUAAACCAGCCCUCACGGAGGAUCCUCACGGGGGUGGACACGAUCGGGUGCAGCACACGAACGGAUUCCUGCGAAAAAGCAUCACGUUCGUGUUUCGCGAUUUCUAUGACUUCGACAAUGACCUGCUGCAGUCGAUCGGCAGCGUAACGGCUCUUAUCCCGGGCGUAAGCGUAUUUGUGAUCGCUCCCGAGCUACCCUAUCCACCACUGGACAUCUUCAACCCUCCUGGUGGAGGUUCACAACCCUCGGGUGGUGCGGGCACCUCCACCAACCAAACGGCGUCAGCGAACAGACCACGUGGAACGGCACCGGCGUGGUUCGCUGAAGGAAGCAACGUGCGCUUUUUUCACCUUGCGUACGACGUCACGAAGACGCUGAGGGAUGCGUUUCCGGUGCUUCACGUGGCCACGCGAUACGUGCUGUUUAUGCCGGACGGUGUACGGUUGACCGGACGUGGGUUGUUAUCGCGCAUGCUGCGUGAAAUCGACACACCGUCCGGUGAUGAGUUGCUGCUCCAGCAACAUCAGCACCUGCUGCUGAAGCAGAAUGGCCAUGGAGCUCGUCCCGGUGGUCGACCAUUUGACGUGAACCGGAAGCCAGACCGACGCAUCAUUGCUGUGCCGUUUGGGUCGAACGCGAAAGGUACGGCCAAUUGCGUCCAGAUGCAGCUCGAUUUGCCCAACUGGACGCUCGAGUACGUCACCGGCAACGAAACGGACCAUUGUGACAUGUUCAAACAGAAGCACGCCAUCCUGGUCGAGACGGAACUGCUGAAGGAGAUGCCCGACGCCCUGUCAUCACCCUUCCCGGACGUGUUCUACAUCCAGGCCAAACUGGCCGGCGUCAAGAAAAUGCUCCUGAAUGGUGCGUUCCAGGACGGCCGAAAGCUCUUCACAUCGUACCACACGAAAACGAAGCGCCGCAACCAGCGCAAGGAGCAAUUUAAGGCGCUCUAUCGGCGCCUGCAGGUGAAGAAAGUCGUGCGCAAGAACUACCUGUACGAUAAGGCCCCAAACCGGGGUGCCGGCAUGGGUGCACCAUUCGGUGGCGCUGGAGCCGCCCGCCGGAAGUACGUGAAAAGCUACGAACACAACAACCAAACCAUCUCGCUGCUGACGGAGAUCACGUUCUACGGUUGCGAGAAGCAAACGCGCAGUUGCAUCGGCCAAGUGCACAACGGAAGGCCCUUCUAUCGGUAUCUUGGCCGGAACACGCCACCUUGCUGCAUGGAAAAGCUUAAAGCCGUCUUCCGGCACGUAGUGGAUGAGUUCGAAAACGUUGGAAUUCGAUACUGGCUCGACAACCGUGCGCUUCGGGACGCGAUCGAGCUGAAAGGACUCGCUCCGGACGCGUACGAGAUCGAUCUCAGCUUCAACGGGGACGAUGUGCAACGAUCGAUGGCCCUAAGGAAAGCUCAAGCACGCCCGUACACCGACGAAGCCGGCUUCCACUGGUUGAAAGCGACCGAUGGGCACUACUUUCGGGUGCAGUUUUCGAAGGUGAACACGAUCGCGAUCAACCUGCUGCCGUUCGAUCUGUCGAGUGGCGAGAUGGUACGCCCGAGCGGUUUCUACGGGUGGAAGGCACGCAAGUUUUCGGUCGAGUUUCUGCACCCGAUGUCGACGGUGCUGUUCCUCGGCAAGCCCAUCAUGUGCCCGAACAAUGUGAUAGAGUAUCUUGAGGUGAAGAACGUCAAGUAA